AUGAGCACUUCUGAACGAUUAAUAUUAUUGGGUACGCAUGCAACGUCGAUACACUCGGUUUUAUUUGAUCCGGAAACUCGAACUCUCAAGAAAGGAGUCAGUACUACCAACCUUCCAGCUCAACCAAGUUGGUUAAUCAGACACCCAUUACAUCCCGAGCUCAUCCUUGCGAAUGGAUGGGUGGAUAAUAAGCUGUUUGUUUAUAAACUUGCUGGAAAGGAUGGUAAACUCGAGCGUUUAGCGGAAGCAGAUACAGGUGGUGAAGGACCAACACAUUUUGCUAUUUUACCUGAUGGUUCAGAAGUCGUCAUUGCUCAUUAUCGGAGUGGUAGUGUUACCGUACUUCCUCUUGGAGCAGAUGGAUUAUUCGCUGCUUCCGCUCCUACUCUGGAUAGGAUCUAUAAAGGGACUUAUACACCUAUGAAACAUUGGCGUCAAGAGGCUGCUCAUAUGCAUCAAGUGGUCCUUCAUAAUGGAGAAAUACUGGUACCUGAUCUUGGAGCUAACAAAAUAUGGAGAUGGAAGUGGGAUACCGAAGCUAAGAAGCUCAACAUGACUGGUGCGAUUGAAGAUGGUUUUGAAGAUGGAGAUGGUCCAAGACAUCUCGUUGUUCAUCCUUCAGGAUCACACGUGUACACCCUCAAUGAAGUUGGAGGUGUUUUGACCAUACAUACACUUCCAUCUUCCGGAGAAUCGAAAUUGGUCAAACGAUAUUCCAUUCUGCCCCCUGAUGAUGAUGGACGACGUAGGGACACUGGAGGAGCCGAAAUCAUACUUCUACCUCCAAUCAAGCCCGAAGGAAGGAUGCUACUCAUCUUGUCCAAUCGAGAUUCACCAUUCGAAGAAGAUACAAUGGCCUUGUUCUCCGUAUCUCAGACAGACGGUGCGGACGUUGUGAGAGCUCCUAGAGGGUGGAUCGGAGGAAUAGGUAAACACAUUAGAGCAGUUGAACAAGACGAAAGUGGAAGAUACGUGAUUGCGACCGCUAGAGAUACGGGUAGGGUUGUGGUUUUAGAAAGAGCAGGAGAGGAUGGACUAGAACUGCAAGAAGUGGCUAGAUUGGAAGGGUUCGAAUCGACAGUUGUACCUCUCUGGAUCUAG